AACCAUCUAAUACUUUUAGCACUAAGAUUUGGCCCAAUCCUUGUGGAAUCCGAUUCCUUAUAACAUGGUGGAUAAUGCAAAAUUUGCACCCAUUUUUGGCCUUCCGUUCCAUUCUUCCUCUCCUACUGCUCAUUUUUUUGUCCCCAAAAGUAUGAAAUUCCAUAAGCCAUAUCGACAUGAGUAGUCACAAAACUGGACAAUAAAUAGCCCAUCCCCGUUAACAAACUUGGACUCCAAUAAAUUCCAAGCUCUUCUCUUUGUUUCUGUGACAAAAAAUGGUAAGCUGUUCUUGUUGCAGCAUCACCCAGUCCAGAAACCGAUGUCUGCGUUCAAAGUUCAUGAAACAUGGGCUUAAAUCCAGCACCACAGACCUUAAAGACGGCUCCAUCAUACACUGCUGGGUUCCCAAAACUCAGAACCAUCACAGACCCAACCUCCUCCUCAUCCAUGGCUUUGGAAGCAAUGCAUUGUGGCAAUGGGGGAACACCAUUCCCCUCCUCACCCCUCACUUCAAUGUCUUCGUCCCCGACCUCAUCUUCUUCGGGGACUCAUCCACGACUCGCCCUGACCGAUCCGACUCGUUCCAAGCUGAGUGCAUUAUGCAAGUAAUGGCUGCUAACUCGGUGAGGAAGCUGAGCCUGAUCGGGCUGAGCUACGGCGGGUUCGUUGCCUAUUGCUUGGCUGCAAGACAUGAGGAGGUGGUGGAGAGGGUGGUGAUUUGUAGUGCAGCAGUUUGUAUGGAGGAGAAGGACCUGAGGGAAGGGUUGUUUACAAUCUCAGACUUGGAGGAGGCAGCCAACAUUUUGGUGCCCCAACAUCCUAUGAAAUUGAAGCAAUUGGUCAACUAUGCCCUCUUUAAGCCUCCUCCUAUUGGAUUGGUGCCCUCAUGUUUACUCUCUGAUUUCAUACUUGUCAUGUGCCCUGAAUAUGUGGAAGAAAGGAAGGAGUUGAUCAGAGCUAUUCCAAAAGACAGGAAACUAUCAGAGAUCCCCAAGAUUCAGCAGCCUACUUUGGUAAUUUGGGGAGAAGGUGAUAAGAUAUUCCCAUUAGAAAUGGGUCACAGACUACAAAGGCAUUUGGGGGAGAGGGCUCAACUGGUAGUCAUCAAGAAUGCAGGGCAUGCUUUUGAUGUGGAAAAGCCUAAGGAGUUUCAUGAACACUUGAAGUCCUUCCUUGGCAUCAAAUGAGUUGCCCAAGGCGAUACAACAAGGCUCAAUCCUUGAAGGUUUUCAUGAGUUCUACAGAGGAUUAACAUGGCAGAGAAGCUUAAGAAAAAU